AUGUUAAAGGCAAACCUUGAUAAAAGCAGCCAGGAAUUGAAGCACACCUUUGACCAGAUAUGGAAGGAGGAAAAGGAAAGAGCAGGCAAGGUUCCGGACAACCAGAUCAUCAUCAGGAACAUCCUGGAGCAAGUCAACGAGUGGAAUGCUACACUGUCCAUCCAAUUUGUGGACUUUGAGAAAGCUUUCGACUCGGUGUACAUAGACAGCCUUUGGGUCAUCAUGAAGAAAAAUGGAAUACCCAUAAAACUGAUUACGAUGGCCAAAGCCUUGAAUUACAAUUUUCAGUGUUCAGUGAUUGAUGACAACGAGACCACAGACCCUUUUCCUGUGAUGACUGGUGCCAAACAAGGAUGCUGGAUGUCAGGCUUCUUGUUACUACGAGCAACAGACCGUCAGAGAAAAUAG